AUGGGCAUGAGUGUCCUUGUCGAUGCCUCGGACUUCGCAGCUCUUGCCUGGGACUACUUUGAACAUGCCGCUGCUGACGGUGUCGUUCACGCAGAAGUGUUCUUCGAUCCUCAGGCGCAUCUUUCCAGGGGUAUAUCGUACGAGACGGUCUUGGCUGGGUUCAGCGUUGCUCAAGCGCGUGCUCUAGAACAGCUCGGUAUCACCAGCGAGCUCAUCUGCUGCUUCCUCCGCCAUCUGCCAGCGCCCGAUUGCGAGUUGACGUUCGGGCUCGAGGAAGUCCAGGCUAGCUUCAGGCGAGGUCAGGUGAUCGGUGUAGGUCUUGAUUCCAGCGAGAAAGACUUUCCUCCUGAGCUGUUUACUGCUCUGUAUCAGAAUGCCAAGUCGCUCGGGCUGAAGCGCACAGCGCACGCUGGUGAGGAAGGACCAUCGAAGUUCAUCGCAACCGCGCUUGACAGUCUCGACGUGGAACGCAUCGACCAUGGGAUCCGAUUGGCAAAAGACCCUAGCCUCUUGAAGAGCGUAGCGGAACAAGGCACGAUGCUCACAGUCUGCCCUCUCAGCAAUGUUCUCGUCCGAUGCGUCUCCACCGUCUCGGAGCUGCCGAUACGAAAGUUCCUAGACGCCGGCGUCCACUUGAGCAUCAACAGUGACGACCCAGCAUACUUUGGCAACCACUACAUCCUUGACAACUACUGCGCCGUCCAGGACGCUUUCACCCUCAGCCUCUCCGAAUGGUUCCAGAUCUGCGAGAAUAGUAUACGAGGCAGCUGGUGCAGCGAGACGAGAAAGGGGGAUAUGUUGACCAAGCUGAAAGAUGUCGUGGACGAAUGGAGGGGACGAGAAGCGACAGAGUUGUGA